AUGACAGAUUCUGAGCUUAAAUUCAAAACUGGGUUGCUGGAGCACAAAGAUGUCGUCCAUAAAUUUCUAAUGGAACACUUUCGGGUCACUGAGCCUAUCACAACUUCUCUGAGUUGUUCAGAGGAAGAUGUUGGCGAAUUUUUUGUGGAUUUGGCGAUGAGCGGACUGGAAGAUGAGAAGAGCUCAAUUGUUGUAUUUGAUGGAGAGGAAGUUGUUGCUGUCUGUCUAAAUGCCAUAAAACAUUGCUCGACAUCUUCUGAUACAGUAUCUUUUGAUCCUCAUCGUGACUACAGUACUGAGAUUUCCAACGGAACUUACGACCGAGAAAACGCAAACAAGUUGGCAGCUUUUGUACAAGUUAUGGAGCAGGAUUUGGCGUUUUUGACUGGAAAUUCAAAGAAAAUUUUCAAAAUUGACGUUUUGUGCGUUUCAAAAUCCUGCCAAGGACAAGGAGUUGGUCGAAAGUUGGUUGAAAAAAGUCUCGAGAACGCUGUCAAUGAAGGAUGUGACUACGUGGCAACAGUGGCAACUGCUGUCGGUUUGAACAUUCUUCUUGAGAUGCCGUUCUUCUGCUUCCGUAACAACGGAGAAGUGGUUUUCGAGAAUCUUCGGGAUGGUGGUAUCUGUGGAAAACUGAUGGGAAAAAGUAUAACGAAAUCAGAACAGAAGGAGGAAGAAGAGGAAGAAGAAGACUUGCGAUAA